AUGGCGUCAGGCGUUACUCCCAUAGCUGAUGGGGAGUUCACCGCGGCUAUUUACGGGCUGAUCCGGGACGGGAGGUUCGCGGAAGCGGUGGGGAUCCUAAGCAGCGAGCUGCAGAGGAGUUGCCGUUCCCGGGCAGGCCUGUCCUUGCUCGGCUAUUGCUACUAUCAGCUGCAGGACUUCGCGGCGGCGGCCGAGUGCUACGAGCAGCUGGGGACGCUGCACCCGGAGCUCCACGAGUACCGGCUGUACCAUGCGCAGGCGCUCUACAAGGCCGGGCUCUACUCCGACGCCCUCCGCGCCACCAUCCCGCUGCUCGACGUCCCGACCUUCCAGAGCCGAGCGUUGCGGCUCCAGGCAGCCAUCCAGUAUGCCCAGAGCGACCUCUCCAGUGCCAAGGCCUUGGUGGAGCUACAGUUGGCAGCCGCCACGGAAGGGAGCUCUGGGGUGGCUGAAGACCCCUCGGAGCUGCCAGAUGCUGAGGUGAAUAUGGGUUGCCUGCUCUACCGUGAAGGACAACAUGAGGAGGCUUGUACUAAGUUUGCUUCUGCCAUGCAGGUGCUGGGCUACUGCCCCGAGCUGUCCUACAACAUGGCGCUAUGCUGUUAUGCUGCCAAGCAGUAUGCCCCUGCCCUCAAGCACAUUGCAGAUAUCAUUGAGCGGGGCAUGCAGCAGCACCCCGAGCUGAGCGUGGGCACCAACACAGAGGGCCUGGAUGUCCGCAGUGUUGGCAACACUUUGCUCCUGCACCGCACAGCUUUGGUGGAGGCCUUUAAUCUCAAGGCUGCCAUUGAGUAUCAGCUCUGCAACAUGCAGGCAUGUCAAGAGGCACUCACCGAUAUGCCACCCCGGGCUGAGGAGGAGCUGGACCCAGUCACCUUGCACAACCAGGCCCUGAUGAACAUGGAUCGGCGACCCACUGAAGGCUUUGAGAAGCUGCAGUUCCUCCUGCAGCAGAACCCCUGCCCACCAGAGACAUUUGGGAACCUGCUGCUUCUCUACUGCAAGUACCAAUACUAUGACCUGGCUGCAGAUGUGCUGGCUGAGAAUGCCCACUUGACCUAUAAGCUUCUGACGCCAUAUUUGUACAACUUCUUAGAUGCCAUGAUCACCUGCCAAACAGCCCCUGAUGAAGCAUUCCAUAAGCUUGAUGAGUUGGCGGGAGCCCUAACUGAGCAACUGAGAAAGCUGACCAAAGAGGUGCAGGAAUCUAGGAAAAAUCGAGAUGAUGAAGCUUUAAGGAAAGCAGUUAAUGAGUAUGAUGAGACACUCGAGAAAUAUGUCCCUGUCUUCAUGGCUCAGGCAAAGAUUUAUUGGGACAUGGAGAACUACCCCAUGCUGGAAAAGAUGUUCCACAAGUCAGUGGACUUCUGCAAGGAUCAUGAAGUGUGGAAACUUAAUGUAGCUCAUGUACUAUUCAUGCAAGAGAACAAAUACAAAGAGGCUAUUGGUUUCUAUGAACCUAUUGUAAAAAAACACUAUGAUAACAUCUUGCAGGUCAGUGCCAUUGUGCUGGCCAACUUAUGUGUUUCCUAUAUCAUGACUAGCCAAAAUGAAGAAGCAGAGGAGCUGAUGAGGAAGAUUGAAAAGGAAGAAGAACAGCUUUCUUAUCACGAGCCUGAUAAAAAGAUCUAUCACCUCUGCAUUGUGAACCUGGUUAUUGGGACUCUUUAUUGUGCCAAGGGGAACUUUGAUUUUGGCAUCUCAAGGGUGAUUAAGAGUUUAGAGCCUUACAACAAAAAGCUGGGUACAGACACUUGGUAUUAUGCCAAAAGAUGUUUCUUGUCACUGUUGGAAAAUAUGUGUAAGCAUGUGAUUAUGGUGCGUGACAGUGUCAUUCAAGAGUGCAUCCAGUUUCUUGAGCACUGUGAACUGUAUGGCCGAAACAUUCCAGCAGUUAUCGAACAACCUCUUGAAGAAGAGAAGCUGCAUAGUGGGAAGAACACUGUUACUUAUGAAGCCAGGCAGCUGAGGGCACUGAUGUAUGAAGUUAUUGGGUGGAAUAAAUAAUUGUUCUAGCAUUACCAUUCAAAAUAGUGGGUCCCAGAAGACCAGGGAGUCACUCUAGCUACUCAGAGUAACACCUUUCAUGUUCACACAGGCUGUAUAUAAUAGGAUUGGUGUGCAGGUGGUCACUCCUGCUAAUUGCAUUGCAUGAGCAAGGGACAUUAUUUGCAUGAUGGAGAUUUAACACUUCCUAUAGGAAGCUCUGAAACUAAUGGACAUACUUGUUUCUGUAUUGGGACAGGCCAGUAAAACUCCCUUAUGCAAACCCUGCUGACCUGCCCCAUCCCAGAAAUGUUUCUGCUUGGUUUCGGUUCUUGCUGGAAACACUAAAUAUCGGUCACACAAGUGGCAGGUUUCACUAGCAGAACCAAGCUGGUGUGGAUGCAAUGGAAUAGGCAGGGGUGCUGCACCCUAUUGGAAAACUGCUCCAUCAUCAGUCUCCCUGUGUUCUUUGGUAGACUGUCGUCGUGUUUGAAAAGAAAUUUGACUAUUGUUGACUAUUGUAUCAAAUUAAUACAGGACUAAUAGCACACUCAGAGACAAUGUGAAGUGUAAUUAUACAUCAGUCUUUGAGACUCAAAUUAGGUAGGAAAUAUUGAGUUAUUAAUGUAUGUUAUCCAUUAGAAUUUAACGUUCUGAUACUGGUUAAUAUUUGUUCAUUCUUUUUCAUAUGAAGAAAUUCUCUACCUUAAAAAAGUGCUACAGUUUUUUUGAAAAAUAAAAAUGCAUUUCCAAGAUAAUGUUAAAAAAAACAUGCUGCUUAACUGUUAAUCUUUUACCACUUUGGAAUGAUCAAUUGAUAAACUGGCAGGGAAUGUGACCAGAUGAUAUUUUCUUACGGCAAACAGCAGCUUCAAGGAUUUCAUUGGAGAAACCAUACAUUGCUGGGCAGGAACUAGAUCUCCCAGGCCCCCAGUCCAACACUAACCAUCACACCAUCUCUCAGCUUUGAUACGUGCAUCCAUAAAUCAUUUUUUCAGAAUGUCUACUGUGUUGUUAGCUGUACAUUUCUUGAUUGGAUCACCCUUAACUUUGAAACUGUAGGAUAAAGCAUUCAAGAAGUAUAUGUUUAAGAAAGUUUUAAGAAAGUUAUGCUAGUGAACUGGCAGAAGUCACUUGGA